UCAAAUAACAUGUGUUCUAAAUGCAGUGUCUUCUCACACUACUUUCCUCCUUUUUUCUUGAAAAAAAAAAGAAAAAGCGUCCAGAACCGAGGAAGGCAGCAGGAUGACGCAGCCACCAGACCUCCAACAAGUCACCGUUUUAAGCAAGAGUGAAUGGCGGAGGAUCCAAGAUGAGCUGAACCAGGUUAACAGAGACAAGGAGCGAAUGAGAGCGACAGCAAAACAGAGGGAGGCUUUGCAUUUGCAAUCCCAAGAGGUGGUGAAGCUGUGGCCCAAUACCAUCUCUGGUCAAAGGCAAAUAAAACUAGAGGCAAAGAAGAUCCGGGAGGAGAUGGAAGAGGAGAAAAGGAAAGUGACUGAUCAAGAAGAGGCCCAGUAUCAGGAGCAGCAGCGGAAAGAGGCCAAUGAAAAAGCCCAAAGUCAGCUGUUCUAUCAGACGGACCGGGUCAAAGGAUUACACCGUGCCCUCUUAGUGACGGAGGUACUGACGGAGAGGGAGGCACAGAUUGAACUGAAAGAAAGAAUCAAGAAAGCCUCUAAAGAUGUCGACAAAGAAUUACUGGAUACGAUGAAGACCAGAGAGGAUGAAGCCUCGAGAAAGGAGGAGGAGAAAGUCCUUCAGAAAAAGCUCAGGGCCCAGGCUCUUGCAGAGGACCUACAAGAACAGGUCGAGGAAAGUGAGCGAGUGAGAGAGCGGCAGAAGAGCGAGAACCAGAAGGACGGAGAGGAAACCCAACGCCUUCAACAGCUCCACCAGUUGGAGCAAAGAAUGGAGGAAGAAAGGCAAGCAGAGAUGAAGAGAUACAUGGUGCACGCUCACACGGAACACGUCACCAAUAAGGCCCUCAUAAGAGCGACAGAUGCACAAAAACAGGAGGCGGAAGAGGAGCAGAGGAAACUUUUCCUCUCUGCGAAACAAAAAAUGAUGAAGUUACGGAAAGAGAAAGAAAAGGAAUUGUUCAGAGAGGCUCAAACACAAAGAGAGACGGUCACGAGGAAGCUGGCCGACACACAGCAGGGUCGAACCGGCCGAGAGGAGCAGAGGAUCAACAAGGCUGCUGCUGAGCAGGAAGUGAGAGAGGCGCAACGGCAGUGGGAGGAGGAGGAGAAGAAGGCCGCGGUGUUGGAGUCCAUAGCUGCACACAGAGAACUCUUGAAGCAAGAAAAGGAGCAGAGGGACAGAUCGACGGAGCAGAACACCCGAGACACGCUUCAGGCCAAGAAGGAGGCCGAUCGAAUAUUCUCUGAGAAACAACAAGUGAAGGCUCGGAGGAGGAAAGAAGAUGGGAGAAAAAUACAAGACUUCAAUGUCACCCAGAUGGCUGAAAAGAGUGCCAGGCAUCAGCAGCUGACAAGAGAGCAACGCGGGUUCGAAGAGAAGAACGCAGAGCUCAUCGCUGAAGACGAAAACCAGUUCCAACAGUAUUCACAGCACGUCAUCGGUGCAGCGACAGAGGCUCGGCGAAACGUGUUCUCACUUUGCAAAGCCGCGGCGGAAGGGAUCGGAGGAGGGCACGGUCCGGUUUCUCGUGGGGUCAGGCCGACCUACCUCGUUCAGGACCUCACCGACGCUCAACUGCCCACUUAUGUCUCUGGUGCCACGCAGAACAUCAAAGAGUUAAAUGAGGCCGACGAUAUUCUGGAGGCAAAGAGGAGACUUGGGUUUACGUGGUCCUAGGUCAGGCCCGGCUGGCAAAUCUGGGUUCAAAGGUUGAAUAAAAUCCACAUGGUGUUCUGACAGAGGCGGUGUCUUAAAUCACUCACGACUCUGUUCCUAAAAGAUACUCAGUAGUGUCUUGUGUAAAGGAAAAGUAAAUUGGGGCUUUGAUUGUGAUUCAUGCAUCGUCAUUGUAGCCUACCCCAGAGGUCGAGGUGAAGGUUGUCUACCUCCUAAUUAGUUUCAGAGUACACUAUUAAGUUAAUAUGGAGUACACUAUUAAGUUAAUAUUAAGUUAAUAUAGAGUACACUAUUAAGUUAAUAUGGAGUACACUAUUAAGUAGUGAUGGUGAGAUGAAGCCUCAUGAGGCAUCGAACCACUUCAGCCAAUUGGUUCGAGAAAGGGUUCAUUUCCCGAAGCUUCAUGUGCUCACGACACCACCUACUGGCCAAGUGCAUAAUCACAGGCAGCUGUAU